UCGCUCCUGCGCUAUAAACCUUAUUCACGCGCAGAGGUGCUGCCGCACGAGCACCGCACCGCGAGGAGGGUGGCUGCGGCUUCCCGGCUUCUGUUUUUAUUUCAUUUCAGCACUUCCCACCACCCCCUAAUUUGCUAUCUCAGCGUCGAAAUCUCACCUGAAUUAUAUAGUGUGUGCAUAUAUUUAUUGUAUCCGUUUAUUUUCAAGAAAUAACACUUCAGCGGUCGCGACUUAAGAUGGUCAGGUGUCAUAUGGCCAAGGAUGAAACAACUGCAGCUUCUGAGGACUGUCAGCGCACUAAAAGACAUGUGAAGUGCUAAUGAAUGAACACAAGACGAAAGAAGAUAUUUAUUAUUAGAUGACAAGAGGCAUUUCACCCGUUUCCUCAAUCUUCAAGAGUGCUUCGACUUGGACUUGCAGGAUGACCGUAGUGGCCGGAGAUAACAUGGAUGAAACAUCAGCUGUCCCGGGGCAUCCUCAGGACACAUAUUCCCCUGACCAUGAUGACCAUGAAUGCUGUGAAAGGGUGGUCAUCAACAUCGCUGGGCUGCGCUUUGAAACACAACUCAAAACACUCGCUCAGUUUCCAGAGACGCUGCUUGGGAACCCAAAGAAGAGAAUGCGUUAUUUUGAUCCUUUGAGAAACGAGUAUUUCUUUGACCGGAACCGUCCUAGUUUCGACGCAAUCCUAUACUACUAUCAGUCAGGGGGGCGGUUGAGGAGGCCAGUAAAUGUCCCAUUGGAUAUGUUCUCAGAAGAAAUUAAGUUCUAUGAACUUGGAGUUGAGGCAAUGGAGAAGUUCCGUGAGGAUGAGGGAUUCAUCCGAGAAGAAGAACGACCCCUGCCCGAACGUGAGUUCCAACGCCAGGUCUGGCUUCUUUUUGAGCACCCUGAGAGCUCAGGGCCAGCCAGAGGAAUUGCCAUAGUGUCUGUUAUGGUCAUUUUGAUUUCCAUUGUCAUUUUCUGUUUGGAGACUUUGCCAGAACUAAAGGAGGACCCUGCAGGGAGAAUACAGACAAUAGGGAACACCACCUUUUACUACAAACCAAACAUCCUUACAGACCCCUUCUUCAUUGUAGAGACCCUUUGCAUAAUUUGGUUCUCAUUUGAACUUAUAGUACGAUUCUUUGCAUGUCCCAGCAAGGCAGCCUUCUUUAAGAAUAUGAUGAACACCAUAGAUGUAGUAGCUAUCAUCCCUUACUUCAUUACACUGGGCACAGAGCUGGCAGAAGAAGCAGAUGGUAAAGAGGGCAAGGGGGAACAGGCAACAUCACUGGCCAUUCUCAGGGUGAUUCGUCUGGUCAGGGUGUUUAGGAUCUUCAAGCUGUCCAGACAUUCCAAAGGCCUGCAGAUUUUAGGGCAGACCCUAAAAGCUAGUAUGCGUGAGCUUGGAUUGCUUAUCUUCUUCCUCUUCAUUGGUGUCAUCUUGUUUUCGAGUGCUGUGUACUUUGCAGAAGCUGAAGAGAGAGAAUCACACUUUAGCAGUAUCCCUGAUGCGUUCUGGUGGGCUGUUGUAUCAAUGACCACAGUUGGCUAUGGAGACAUGGUCCCUGUCACUAUAGGGGGCAAAAUUGUAGGCUCUCUCUGUGCAAUCGCUGGUGUGCUUACCAUUGCCCUACCAGUGCCUGUCAUCGUAUCCAACUUCAACUACUUCUACCACAGGGAAACCGAGGGUGAGGAGCAAGCCCAACUUCUGAACGUGAGUAACCCCAACAUCGCUUCUGACUCCGAUUCCAGUCGCCACAGUUCCUCAGUUGUCAGCAAGUCUGAAUACAUGGAAAUCGAUGGAGAUAUGAACAACAGCAUGGACAACUUGAGAGAUGCCAACCUUAGAACUAGCAACUGUACAAUGCCUAACCAAAACUGUGUUAACAAAAGUAAGCUGCUAACUGAUGUUUAGAGUCCAGAUACAUACAAUAGUACUGUCACCAUUCAGUAGUCGAAUAGUUUAUUUAACUCCCUAGUGCACUCCUGCAUAACAACUAUUAUCCUCUGCAGAUGAAAGAAGAACAGACGAAAACAUACAAAACGCUGUUAAAA